GGAGCCGGGGACGCGGCUGCCCUGGUCCUGAGCCGCGCCGUGCCCGGUCGUCCACCCGCAGAGGUCCUGGUUCUGGCCGGAUACCGCGCGCAGAAGGAGGGCGAGUUGAGUCUGGCACCCGGGGACGUGGUCCGGCAGGUGCGAGAGGGACCCACACGGGGCUGGCUACUCGGAGAGCUGGGUGGCCUUUGUGGCUUCUUCCCUAAGCGCCUGGUACAGGAGAUUCCAGAAACUCUGCGAGACGCAGGGGAAGCACCGAGACCGCGCUGUGCGCGCCGCCGAGGUGAGCGCCUGAGCCGCGGACGGGCACGCCUGUGGGAGGGGCUGUGA